UACAUUUAUAAACAGUUUCCUUGUCUAUUACAAAUGUCUUGGCUUAAAAUUGAAGUUUUAAGUUCAAUGGCACUACUUACAGUGUUUUGCUUCUCCUGUUAUUGUUUUGAUACUGGAAAUGGCAGCUUGACAAAUCCAAUUUCACAUCAUGAUUCUCACACUUUAACCCCUAAUGAUACUGUUAAAAUUACAAACACUGCAGGGGAAACAUUGUUUAAAAACUCCCUCCCUUGGUGUUCAAAUAUAUAGGGAAACAUUUGUUUUACGUAUGGUAAAAGCUUACUUACAAAACCUAGAUAUGGGGCCAAAUUCGACCUGACAAUGUCCCAAUUACUAAACCCAUGGAGGUACAAAUAUCUUUACUGCAUGGUUUUAAAUCAGUAUGAGAAAGGUGACUUUAGUUCCUCUUCAGUAUUGAUAGAUAGGUAGUGGUGGACUCAGAGUGGAUAAUGUCAACAUCAAUAUACAAUACUAGACCCAGUGAUUUUUAGCAUUCCAUUAGCAGGAAAAUGGUGUAACUAUUAGUCCUAAAUCUCAGAGCAAUACAAUCCCUGAUAGGGAUAUGGCCAAAUGGAUCCUUACUUUUCAAACUUCCUGUGUGAUUGUUAAAAGCUGUUCCUCUUGCAUUUGGUACCCUCCAACCUCCUGUAGUGCCAAUGGGGACUAGGAAGUAUUCUUACAGCUCUGUUGAUUAUGGUCUCUCGCCAUUAUAGCUUUGACCAAUACCCCAUUUCAAAUCUCUUGUAAGGAAGUGAAAUGUCAAGUUUAAUUUCCCUGGUGAUCAAUCAUAGUCACCAAACAAUGCAUUAAAGUAAAGAGUAUAUUCUUAAAUUGUCCAGGAUGCCUUAAGAUCCUCUUAGUUUCACCACAUAUACUGAGAAAAUCUGUCAACUCUCUGCUAGUAAGGUAAGUUGUCAAAUUUUUCUUUAAAUUCAUUUUCAAGUUUAUAGGCUCGUUGCUCUUAGCUGAGGGAGUGCUGUGGUAUUUUGGAGGGGGGUUUAAACACAUUAAUGAUAGUGAAACAGUUGAGGCUGCUGUGCCAAAUCUAAGAUGAGACAGGAUCUGUGCUGGAUUUUUAAAAGGGGAUCAGAGGUUUUUGGUGUUCCAAUUAAAAUACAAUGGGGCACAGAAUCUCCACCCAGCAGAGUGGAUAACGGAAUAAGGGAGGCUGCGCAACACAUGAAUACUACAGUCUGGGGGGGGUGGUAAGCUUGCUCCCAUUGUGCUUCUGUUCUCAUGGAGCAGAUUUCCUAAGCCACUUCCAAGGGGAGCCUCUACAGCCAGAAGAACCUCCACAUUGCUGCAUUGAAGCGUAUGCCACUUUUUCCUGAAAUGAAUUGAGCUGCUGCAGGAGAGCCUAGGAUUGCAGAUGAGAGCUGCAGGUCUCACCUGUGGCCACUGCUAAUUAAUAAUUUCACUCACUCACUGGGAGCUCUCCUCCUCUGUUUGCAGCACAAAUCUGUGUGUAUGAUAUGUCCACUGCAAAAAAGAUGUUUUCCUUUGUUUAACAGUGUGAUCAUACACGUUAGCUAGCCUACAUUAAAAUCCUACAAAGCACUACAGGAUAACCAUGUGACGUCAACAUUAUACCUCUAUCAGUGGUUGACCUCAUCGGAAAACUACAGUGCUUUGCCUCCACUAAGGUUUUACAGCAGGCUAGCUAAUGCAUAUUAGUUUCGCUGCAGUAAAAACACCAUUUUUGGCAGUGAAGACAUUGCUUUAGCCUGGAAGUGUUGGGGCAGCUGCCAAGCACCAUGCCUCAGGAAGGUCUCCAGGCAGUCCUUGUGUCAGGACUAUACAAACAUUCAACAGUGAAUUAAGGAAUAUGAUCUUGCUUAUGGUACCUGCUAUACGGCAGGGAGGGAAUCCCUCUGUCUCUGGUUCCCCAUCUCUACCUGCUAAGAUGGGGACACAAAAGUUCAGAUGUGGCUCCUGUACUGGAAGCUGGUUUUGUACACUGAUGCCACCUACUGGCCCGCGUGGUGACUAACUAGCAAAACCUCAUGGCUGCCCUCAAACCUUCCCUUGCAGUUUUUGGGCAGCACUUUAAGGACUCAAAUUUCCUCGAAGCAGGAUACUUUUAGCAGAGAGCUUCAUUUCCCCACCCUUGGUCUUGGGUAAGGGGUGGGGCUGAAAUGCCUUGAAUAUGCUAAUUACUUUGAGGGGAGGGAUAAAGUCCAAAGGGCCCUGCACUUAGGGGGCUGCUUUUUUUUUUUUUUGCGCUAGGUCUGCCUCCUUUGCUUCGUGGCUUCUUUUAGAAGAAUGAGCCCUGUGUUCCCUAGUGCAGAGAGGAAUUAAGGAACAGACUUAAACGAACUAACUCAGGAGGCUGUAGCUAGUCGCAACAACAAAUGAAGACAGAUUUUCCUUAAUCUUAUUUUUGCAGCAUCUUAUGCUAUGCAUCAUCCUGACGGAGAAAGGAAGGGGGCAGACGCAGAGAAUCAGCCAACAGCAACGAAGGAGGAGGAACAGCAACCCAUAUCAGCCCCUGAUGGAGGAUGGGGAUGGAUGAUAGUGCUUCACUUCUUUCUGGUAAAUGUGCUUGUGAUGGGAAUGCUGAAAACCUUUGGAAUUUUCUUUGUGGUCUUUCAAGAAGAGGUGGGAGGCUCUUCAGAACAAAUCAGUUGGAUCGGCUCCAUCAUGUCCUCUCUCCGCUUCUCAGCAGGUCCACUGGUCACUAUAGCCUGUGGGAAGCUGGGGGACCAGCUGACUUCCAUCAUUGGGGCAGGCCUAGUUAGCAGUGGUUGUCUGAUCAGCACACAGGCCACUAGUAUCUCCUUCCUGUGUGUGUCUAUGGGACUUCUAUUGGGGCUGGGCUUUGCUUGCUUGUAUCAAGCAGCUGCUGUGAUGACUGCCAGGUACUUUAAAAAGCGACUAGCUCUAUCCAAUGCACUUGCUCGCUCAGGAAUGGGACUGACAUUUAUACUAGCACCUUUCACUCAACUUCUGAUAGAUUGUUAUGGUUGGCAAGGUACCCUACUGAUCUUUGGAGGGAUCAUGUUAAACCUUGUGCCUUCUAGUAUGUUACUGCGACCUCUUAACAUCAAGAAUCUCCAAGCCUUUUCUGGUAGAAAUGUAGACAGUGGAUCAUUAACACAAAGUAAACAUCCAGCAACUCUUACAAGCCACCUAGAUGAAAUCAGUACCACAGAAACACAGUUUAAUACUAGACUGGAUUCUCCUAUGCAAGAUUCCACUGUCACAAACAGGCUCCAGGCAGCUGGAACAUUAGGAUCACUAGUUCCAGUGAACUCUGCUGGUUUGGAAGGGUCUGAGAGAGAAACCUCCAACCGCUACGCUCCUGGUGGAGACCGUGACAGGGACUGCAGCUAUAACAACCUUCCACUGCAAAAGGAAUGGAAUUCCCACUCACGGCCAGUUCCCUGCAGGCAGCCUCUUCUUGAUUUCUCACUGCUGAAAGAUCCCUUUUUCUGUAUUUUUGCCUGGUCAUUUUUGUUCAGCCAACUGGCCUACUUCAUUCCCACCUUUCACCUGGCAGCAAGAGCCAAAACCUUGGGCAUAGACAGCAUGGAUGCCUCUUACCUCAUUUCAGUGGCUGGGAUUAUAGAGACAGUCAGUCAAUUGCUUUCUGGCUGGAUCGCUGAUCAGAACUGGAUCAAGAAGUAUCAUUACCAUAAGACUUACCUUAUUCUGUGUGGCAUCACUAACCUGCUGGGUCCUCUUGCCACAUCCUUCCCAUUACUUAUGGUCUACACCGUAAGCUUUGCCAUUUUCUGUGGAGGAUACCUGGCUCUGCUGCUCCCUGUGCUGGUAGAUUUUGUAGGUGUUCCCAGACUCCACAAUUCUUUAGGAUUUGCCUCAUUCUUUGCUGGGAUAGCAGCCAUCGCUGGACCUCCUAUAGCAGGUUGGCUGUAUGACUACACUCAGACAUAUGCCUGCUCCUUUUUCUUUGCUGGAACCUGUUAUCUCAUCGCACCCAUUUCCUUCUUCUUUGAGCCUUCGGCCCAUAAAUGGAAGCUACGGAAAGAAGAGGAGUUGAACAAAGUGACCACUUAGUGGAGAGGCUCUGCUGCAGUUGAAAGAAAAGAAGAAGCCUGACUUCAGUAUAUGAUCAGAAGGUGAUAAUUAGGACAGACUUUUCACUAAUUAAUAAAAGAUGGCAGAAAAAUGAAAAUUGACAUUUGUCACAA